UUCUCCUUCUUCAUUUUUAGUUCAUCUGCUAUAUCGGUUUUUCUGUAGAGAAAGGGAAAAUGCAAAAGAAUGAUGAAUAGAACGUAUAGAAAUGUAGUGAACUGGCUUAGCCCAACCUCUCAAUUCCCUCCCUUGAAAUCAUCCAUUGAAUCGCUCUGUAAUGCCAAAAGGCUUACGGAAGCUCUAAGGCUUGCUUUUGACAACCCCAUUGAAGCAGAUUAUACUAUUUACUCAAAUAUAAUUCAGCUUUGCAUUGACCUAAAGGCUCAUAAGCAGGGUCGUUUGGUUCACUCCCAUCUUAUAACUACUGGGUUUCCUUCAAAUGUUCAUUUAGGGACCAAGUUGAUCAUUUUCUACACAAUGUCUGGUGACAUGGUGUCCGCCCGCAAAAUAUUUGAUAAAUUGCCCGAAAGGAAUGUGGUUUCAUGGACUGCACUUUUAUCUGGGUACUCUCAGAAUGGGGAUUCACAAGAAUCCCUUAAUGUGUUUGUUGCUAUGCGUAGGGAAGGGGUGAGGGCAAAUCAGUUUACUUAUGGAAGCGUUUUGAGGGCGUGUACUAGUGUGUCAGGUAUAAAUUUAGGAAAGCAAAUACAAGGGUGCAUUCAGAAAAGCAGGUUUGUGGAUAAUUUAUAUGUACAGAGUGCGUUGGUUGAUUUUAAUUCUAAGUGCGGAGAAAUGGAGGAUGCUUUUUGUGUUUUUGAGUCAAUGGCAGAUAGGGAUUUGGUUUCUUGGAAUGUCAUGAUUUGUGGAUAUGCUUUUCGAGGUUAUAACAUUGAUGCAUUUCUUCUGUUCCGUUGGAUGUUCAGACAAGGUAUACUUCCCGAUUGCUUCACAUUGGGAAGUGUUCUCAAAGCAUCUGUAGGAGGUGGCAAGUGUGGUGGACUAGCAAAAAUCAGUCUGAUACAUGGAUGUAUCAUUCGACUUGGUUAUGGGUCGUAUAGUAUUAUUAGUGGAGCGUUAGUUGAUGCCUAUGUGAAAUGUGGAAACCUGGCUAAUGCAAGUUAUAUAUACAAGAAGAUGCAGAACAAAGACAGGAUUUCAUGCACUGCGCUAAUUACUGGAUACGCACGUGAAGGUAAAAAUAUAAAUGAGUGCCUAGAACUCUUUUGUCAAUUACAUCAGAAUCAUAGGGAAAUUGAUAGCAUAAUUUUAUGCUCUAUGAUCAACAUAUGUUCCAAUACAGCGUCACUGUCUUUGGGGAGACAACUUCAUGCUAUUGCGAUCAAAUAUCAAAGCACUCUUGAUGUGGCGAUGAGUAAUGCUUUGGUUGAUAUGUAUGCAAAAACAGGAGAAAUUGAAGAUGCUAACAAUGUUUUUCAGCACAUGACGGAGAAAAAUGUAAUAUCAUGGACGUCAAUGAUCUCUGCAUAUGGUGUGCAUGGUCGAGGAGUCGAUGCAGUUUCAUAUUUUAAGAAGAUGGAGUGUGAAGGCUUUGAGCCAAAUGAUAUAACAUUCUUGUCUCUCCUGUUUGCUUGUAGCCAUAAUGGGUUGACUGCUGAAGGAUGGAAAUGUUUCAGUGAGAUGGUUAGAAAAUAUAAAAUUGUUCCAAGAGAUGAGCAUUACUCUUGCCUAGUGGACAUUUUUGCACGCAGCGGCUGUUUGAAUGAAUCAUAUGAUUUGAUUUGCAGGCUGAAUAUAAAACCAAGUGCCUCUCUUUGGGGUUCAGUUCUUGGGGCAUGUAGCAUAUAUGGCAAUAUGGACCUUGGAAAGGUAGCAGCCAGGCAUUUGUGCAAUAUCGAGCCUACGAAUGCUGUUAGCUAUGUGGUUCUAGCAAGUAUGUAUUCUGCAGCUGGCUUAUGGGAUAGCGCUUGGAAGGAACGAGAUGUGGUUCAAACUAGAAGGUUACCAAAAGAUCCUGGUUACAGCCUUUUUCAUUCUGGCAAUGAUAUGGUAGUACUUCUACCUACUGGCUGAUACAUGAAAAUGAUCCAGAUCUUCCUUGUAAUGUUUCAUAUUACCUGGAUUUGUCGAAAGUAAGUUUUGGUAGUUAUAGUUUCAGCGUGCAGUGAUGAUGCAAUGAAGCUAUGAAUAGGUGAAAGCGGAUUUGACAGAGGGAUCAGCUAAACUAGCCGAUGCCAUUGGUGAUGAUUCUGAUGUGGUAAUAUGUACUAUAGGUUUCCAGCCUUCGUGGAAAUUGUUGGCACCUUGAAAGGUUAGUCAACUCAAUCCACAUAAGAAAAGCAAAAUCUGUUUAUCUAGGGUAGAUGUGUUGAUUUGAUUCAUUGAAGCCUAAGAGAUAUCGAAACACUUUGGGGGUAAUCCCUGAAAAAAGUUGAAACUCUGAAUAACAAAAGUCUCCCGGUUGUGAAUUUUCUUAUGCUGUGAUAGUUUGUUCCAUUUCUUUGAUAUCUCUGUUUUCUUUUUCCCUUCCGUGUGUAUUUUGUUGUUUUAUAUUUAGAGGAAAGAGCACUUAGUUGCAAUGUUUCUUGAGAGUGAAAUGUUCUCCUCAGCAAAAAAUGCAUGGUGAAGCUCGUGGCAUGAGUUUAUGUUCCUAUUACUGAUCUUUUAAAGAUCAUGGGUCACACUUGGUUGUUUAAUUCAGCUAUACAGUUAAACACAUGAAACAGUUGACUAUUAUGAACCCAAUAUCUCUAAAAAAUAUCAGUUCUUCAGUACUUUAACUUUGUGCAACAAGUUACCAUGUCCAUUUGUAUCUUAUACUUGUAUUCUGGGACAAG